AGGCAAUAGGAAGAAUGAUGGGAGAUGAGAGAAAGAGAGGGAAACCUUUGGUACUGGUAGCAAGUCCAUUUCAAGGUCACAUGACGCCUAUGCUUCAGCUCGGCAGUGUCCUUCAUUCCAAAGGCUUCUCAAUAACCUUAGCCCAUACCAAAUUAAACUCCCCUGAUCCUUCCAACCAUCCUGAAUUCGUCUUUCUUCCUCUUUCUGACAACUUUUCAGCCAUUGAUGCCUCAGCCAACUACACAAAGUUCCUUGAAGCCCUUAACAAUAACUGCAAAAUGCAGCUUCAAGAUCACUUGACUCGAAAGAUUGAAGAAGGAAAAGAUGAAAUGAAUCAUACGAUCACAGUCAUACACGAUAAUAUCAUGUAUUUUGCUGAAGAAGUUGCUAGCAAUUUGAAUCUUCCUAGCAUUGUUUUGCGCAGUUGUAGUGCAUCGUAUAUGCCGGCUUUCCUUGCUCUUCCUCGGCUACAUGCAGAAGGGCAACUUCCUGUUCAAGAUUCCAUACUGCAGGAGCUUGUUCCAGAGCUCCAUCCCCUCAGGUACAAGGAUUUACCUUUUAAUGAUACACCUACAGAAGUUGCAACAGAAAUGCUUGCUCUUGCGGAACGUGUUAGAACCCCUUCAGCUAUUAUAUGGAACACCAUGGAGUUUCUUGAGUCUUCAGCGCUGACACAACUCAGACAGCACUACCAGGUUCCAAUUUUCGCCAUCGGACCUCUGAUAAAAAUGGCUAGGUGUCCAUCUACUAGCUUUCUUGAAGAAGACACUGGUUGCAUUUCAUGGCUUGAUAAGCAAGCUCCAAGAUCAGUUCUCUAUGUAAGUCUGGGGAGUUUAGCCACCAUGGAUGAAACCGAGCUUGCUGAGACAGCCUGGGGGCUGGCCAAAAGCAAACAACCGUUUUUAUGGGUGGUCCGACCCGGUUCAGUUAGUGGGUCGGAGUGGAUUGAAUUUUUGCCGGAAGGUUUUACAGAAGAAGUAAGAGGAAGAGGUCUUGUGUUGAAGUGGGCUCCACAAAAACAGGUGCUGGCACAUUCUGCAGUUGGUGGGUUUUGGAGUCACUGUGGUUGGAACUCAACUUUAGAAAGUAUUUCCGAAGGGGUUCCAAUGAUAUGUCAACCAGUUAUGGGGGACCAAUGUGUAAAUUCCAGGUACCUGAGUUACGUAUGGCGUGUAGGUCUGGAACUGGAGAAUCUAGAGAUAAAAGUAGUCGAAAGUGCAAUCAGAAGACUCUUGGUGGAUGAAGAAGGGCAAGAGUUGAGGCAAAGAGCAAUUAGCAUGAAAGAAAAGGCUAAAUAUUCUCUCUUCAAAGGAGGGUCUUCAUUUAAUUCCUUAAAAGAUUUGGUAGAAUUCACCCUCGCAGAUUAGAUACCAAUUGAAUUAGACUUAAGAAGCCUCAAAGUGAAAACAUAUGUAUCGCGU